ACGCCAUUCACUUAGAAAUCUAAGCGAAACGACUGUCUGUAUCCCGGCUUCUAUUACCCGGAGAUUUGGGGGAAAUCCUCUUUCCAGUCUCUCCCCGAGGCAGCCCUCAGCCGCCGCGCCCCACAGCUGGGGUCGGCUCCGGGCAUCCUUCCCCUGUUUUGGGGUGGAUGAAGGGCUGGAGCCAGCCUCUCCAUAUUCUAGCUCAAAUCACCAGCCGGAGGAGCAGCGCGGCUCUGCGGGAGCGCUGGAAGGAGGGGUCCGACCGAACGAGAAAUGCCUCCUUUUUGGAAAGGUCUUUUUGCCGGCAGCCCGCCCCGGCUCAACGUCCCCUCUCUGUCUCCUUUCCCCCGAACCUCGCAGAGCAAUUCGUUGAGAAGUCCUCCUGCGCGCAGCCUCUGAGCGAUUUGUCCGGCCUGGAGCCCCACGGGGACUUCAGCGGCAGCCCCUCGGCCCUGUGUACCGAGCCCCUCAUCCCCACCACCCCCAUCAUCCCCAGCGAGGAGAUGGCCAAAAUCUCCUGCAGCCUGGAGACCAAGGAGCUGUGGGACAAGUUUCACGAGCUGGGUACGGAGAUGAUCAUCACCAAGUCCGGCAGGAGAAUGUUUCCCACGAUCAGGGUUUCUUUUUCGGGGGUGGAUCCUGAAGCCAAGUACAUCGUGCUGAUGGAUAUCGUUCCGGUGGACAAUAAGAGAUACAGAUAUGCCUACCACCGCUCCUCCUGGCUGGUGGCUGGGAAAGCUGACCCUCCACUCCCAGCAAGGCUGUACGUGCACCCCGACUCCCCGUUCACAGGUGAGCAGUUGCUGAAGCAGAUGGUGUCGUUCGAGAAAGUGAAGCUCACAAACAACGAGCUGGAUCAGCAUGGCCACAUCAUUUUAAACUCCAUGCACAAGUACCAGCCAAGAGUCCACAUCAUUAAGAAGAAAGAUCACACGGCUUCUUUGUUAAAUCUGAAAUCUGAAGAGUUCAGGACGUUUAUCUUUCCAGAGACAGUUUUUACUGCUGUCACAGCAUACCAGAAUCAAUUGAUAACCAAGUUGAAAAUUGACAGCAACCCUUUUGCCAAAGGAUUCCGCGACUCUUCCAGACUCACUGAUAUCGAGAGAGAAAGUGUGGAGAGCCUUAUCCAAAAGCAUUCCUAUGCCCGAUCCCCAAUUCGAACCUAUGGUGGAGAAGAGGAUCUGGGAGAUGACAGUCAGGCAACGCAAAGCAGAGGAUCAGCUUUUACAACAUCUGAUAACCUGUCCCUCAGUUCCUGGGUAUCCUCUUCAACCAGCUUUCCCGGAUUUCAGCAUCCCCAGUCCUUGAGUGCCCUGGGUACCAGCACUGCAUCCAUUGCUACACCUAUUCCUCAUCCAAUCCAAGGAUCCUUGCCUCCGUACAGCCGCUUGGGAAUGCCUCUUACGCCCUCUGCGAUAGCCAGCUCCAUGCAAGGUACUGGCCCCACUUUCCCUUCUUUCCACAUGCCAAGGUACCACCAUUAUUUUCAGCAGGGUCCUUAUGCAGCCAUCCAGGGACUGCGUCACUCCUCCGCAGUGAUGACACCAUUUGUAUGACUGAUGUAAGAUGACAGAAACAUAAGAUUUUAAAUGUGCAAGCUUGGUAAGAAAAAAUACAAGGGACCUUCUCAAAAGGCCUGUGGUGGGAGACUGCUGAACUCAAACCAGCUAAGAAAAGGCAUUGUGGAGAUUGAUUCCUCCAUUGAGGGAUCACAAGAAGAGAGCAUGCAGCUUGGAGCUGCUCACAGACCUAUGUGUAACACAGUCAAAACAGAUCCCAGAGUUCCCAGGAUUUCUGGUCAUGUGCAGGUUGUUCCAAAGGUUCGUUAUGCCUCAUGGACAGAGACUAUGUUUAUGCAGCAGUGUACAAAUUAAUUGUGUGUAAGUCUUUUUCUGUAUGCCAGAAGGAUUCUGAAAAAGGCAAUACUCUUAUUCAUCCUCACCUCUUCUUGUGACUAAUGAGCAUCUAAACAGAAAAUUGUAUCACUGUAACUUUGAGCAUGUUUUAGGCUAUCUCAGCGUGCAUUUGCUGGGAAUGGGACAAAGUGGAGAAGGCCACUGUCCUUUUUAAAAGUCUGGCUUAUACUCACCAAGAGCAGUAUUUCAUAAUUGCUACUAUAAUCUCAUAGAGAAAAUGAUUAGCAAGUAUUUCUUUCUUUCUUUUAUCUUUCUUUGUUUCUUUCACAAAACAACAGUUCUGAGAAGAACUGUGUUACAGACUGGUAGCAGUAAUGAUGUAUUCUGUUCUGCUUGUCUCAUAUCCUAGGAGAAGCAAUUUAGCAGUCCAUUAAGAUAUGAAGGAAAACACUGAGUUUUAGAAAAUGUGUCGCUUUUAAACUUAGAAACUCAAGACACUAAAUUUUUAAGCCAAAGCUACUGUUUGCUGCUGUGCUUGCCAUGUGUCCAGCUGCAAAUGAGUACCAUUAUUUAACAGAAUUUCAGGUUAGAUCAGUCUAUAUCUAGACUCUAGAUCAAACUAUAAUCAGUAGAUUCAUACAGAAAUAACAGUAUCUUGGAGUAUCUUUCUACUUUUUCUAUUUUCUUGGGUAUGGUCAUAGGUGUUGCUGGACAAGCUGUUUGUCCAGGACACAAGAGUUGUACUUUUGAGUUUUUCAAGUCCCAGUUUCCUUGGGAAAAUACCAUUGACGAGAUUUGCUAUAAUUUUUUUUUUUAAUUCACAUCUGCCUUAUUUAGUUAGUGAGAAGAGCUCUCAUUGAAAAUACUGCCCACUUUUUCUAGUACGUUGUGUUUGAUGCAACAGAGGAUCUGUGAAUUCAUAGGAAAAAAUGACCUCUGCAGAGAGCUAGCAUGAAUCCUUUGCACUGUUGAAAAGAGAACUGGUGUGAUGCUGGUUUUCUGCUUGUAAAUAAGUCAACACAGAUUUUCUGCGUGUUGUUGCAUCCAAGUUGUAGGCGGUAACAUCUAUUAGUUAAAAAAGGACUUGCAAUUCAAUCUUAUAUAAUAAAAGAUUAGUGUAGAGCUGGAACAGAUAGAAAGACAUUUUGGCACUAUUCUCCUCUACUCUUGACCAAUGGAUGUUGACGACAUAAAAUGAGAAGUACAGUGCAGUACACUGAGUGAAGUGCAGGGCAAGUCACCAGCUUCUCUUGUUGUCCCAGUGCCUCAUCCUACCAGGUUGGUCACAGGCAGCAGUGACAACAUCCCAGACUUUUCCCAGCUUCUAUUACAGGCCAGUGCAUACAUUGAAAGAUAAAGACCAUCUACGUAUUUUCCAGUAGCUGAAUUUAAGAUCUUGCAAAUUAGCCAUUACAAUCACCGUAGUCAUUUGCAGUAUCAUCCUAAUUUCCCUUUACUCAUUGUUGGGCAUGCUAAUAAAAAAUGACCUGGGAAAAUCUGCAACUUUUGUGCUCUGCACGUGAAUGAAACCAAACUUCUAUUUGCAGUCUCUUUAAGUAAAUAUCCGAUUCUACAUGCAUAAAAAUUCCAGGGGAGAUUUAGAAAGAAAGGAAACUUUAAUGUCUCUUCUUCAACUGCUUGACUUCUGUAAAAAAAAAAAUCAUAUAUAUAUAUAUAUAUAUAUGCACAGCUGUAUGAAGGUCCUGUGGUGAAGUUCACUAUGGCCUGUGGGGAAGUUCUUUUUCUCCUAUCUAUUUCCUUUUGCAGCUCCAUUAACUUGUCUGAAGCUGCAGUGAAUAUGGUUAGGUCCAGAAAUCAAACCAGUAGCUUUAAUCCUGAUACUCACGCUAGAAAGUAGUCAAGUAGGAAGGCAGCUUUCUCUUGGCUUCAGAAAUAAGUUUGCAACAGGUAGGUUGGUUUAGGCAAGCUGUUCAAGUCAUCUCAAGGCUGCCCAAACAUCAACCUGUCCUUCCUUUGUGAGUCAGAUUUGGAGAAAUGAACAGUACAAUUUUUAGCCCUUCUCCAAUCUCAGUUCUAAAAAUACCAAUAUUUGGCAUGUAAAAAUUCCACUGAUACUGCUUCAGAGAAAAUGCUCCAGGUUCUUCUUGAAGGAAUGAAACUAGAUUUUGACAUAAUUUACAAAAAUAUCAAAUGAAAGACAAAUGCUUUUCAUUAUAAGUAAAAUGUUUUGCAUACCUGAAAAAGGUGGCAGUAGAUUUCCCCUGUAUAAAAACAGGGUAAGGCCAAUACCUUCCAAAUUUUCUGUGAUGAGAUUUACUUUGAAGAUGACCAAGAAAGGUUUCUGCAGAAUUACCUGUCAAAUCCACAGCCUGAUUUUUCCAGUCCGGUCAAGGCUCAGGACCUUCUCUCCACCCAAUUUCUUCUUACCCUCCCGUGGCAGCAGGAGAGUGAUUCCAAGAUGAAAUUCCUGCUCCUCUUUAGUGGUAAAUUUCUUGACUGUAAGCAAGACAGGAUUUCAUUCAUAUUUACAUUCUUUCCUAGAAACAAAGUCUGUCUGCAUGGAUGGUGGUUAUGAUAGCAGCAAUGCAGGAACUUUGCAGAACAGACUGAAGAACAGCUAUUAAUCAGCUUCAGCACUGAGUGCAUAACUGAAAGGACAUCAGUGUAAAUGCAGUGUAAUUAAUUGGUUAAAGAAGAAAAUUGUUUUGCUUCAAAUUGUACUACUUUCAAAAUAAGUCAGUAAUUUACUGAAAGAGUUGCUGUACUGCUGUCACAAUUCUAUCACUUUCAGGAUAGAACAUCUGUUGCUGGUAGAUGUUCUAGGAAUGCCAAAUGUAAUCUAGAGUUUAUUUUCCAAUAUAAUUCACAUUUUAUAUCCCAUGAGAAGUGCUCUUCACCUUUAUGAGCUAUCUUGGCUGAGCAAACUGGUGCUGCUUAGUGUUUUUUUUUUUAAUUAUUGUUUUAUUGAAGAAGGGUGGAGAGAACAUGCCUGAAUGUGCUUUUCAAAAAGCACGAUAAGAUUACCUUCCAAAGUGUUAAAAGUACUUUUGGGUGUUUUCUGGAUUACCCUUUUAUCCAAAGACAGUUAACAGCCUUAGGUCUUUUAUCCAACAAAAGCAUCCCAAGACUAACAGAACUGACAUAAAUAUGUUUCUAUAUGUAUUUAUUUAUUUUUUUUUUUUUAGUUUUGGAGCUAGAAAUUUGGCUCUUUGUUUUGUGGUGCUGGUUUACAUGGCCCGAGGAACUCUCAAAAAUAAAAAUUCAGUCUCGCUGGUUUCAGGGUACUCUCCAGAUAGAAACAGGCAAACAGGCACACACUGAGUGGAUAGAGGUGCAGUUUUUAAUGGAAAUGCUUCUUUGUGAGUUCAGCUAUAGUGUGCAGUAUGAUAACUAACACCAUUGUAGUGCAGCCUAAAAAAUACAAUGGAAAAAUUUUCCCCAGAAGGCUUUAUUCUUGGAUAAAUGAUAAACACAUGCAGCUGAAGGUUGUGACAAUGUAUGAACAUGUAUUCAUGUGAAGAUGGUGCAGCUUCCAACAUCCAACAAACAUUAACUGGUAUUUGAAAAUGAACCUCUUCUAAAUUGAAAAAAGUCUGGGCUGGCAACUUGACUAUACACUACAUCCUCUGUAUGCACGUGUGUGCUAUAAAGAAACAGAAAUAUCAAUGAAAAAUAUUGCAAAAACAUGGGGAGCUUUCCAAAAUUGGAAGGUAAUGAAGCUGUGGUAAUUCCUUCCUGGGUAAGGGGUAGAGAGACGGUGAGAUGAGUGCAACACUUUGGGCUCCUUAUCUGGAAGGAAGUCUUGGCCUCAGAGCUUAUGCUCAUCAUCUGCAGGGGGUGAUGUUCACUCACUGCAGGAUUAUGUUUCAUUUUGCUGAGAUGUUUUUCUCACCGUUCCUUACAGACCGCGUUCUGCUGCAGAAGAUGUGGUUUCUGUACUAUUUACUUGCUGGCCAGAAGAUUUAUGUAUUAACUCUGUGAUAAACUGUCCCCAAAUAUAGCCUUUAGUUUAUAAAAUAACAACUUCUUUUCCUUUAUCUUUCUAAAAGAAACUAAGCAGUGAUUUAAGUAAACUUUGAAUUAACUUCUUAUAAUACUUUAAGGACAAAAAAUACAGUUUGCUGUAUUUUACCUUUAGCACAUUUAAACAACUUUUUUUUUUUUUUCUUU